AGAGAGCGCAGCUUUUUACAAAUUGUGAGACGUGCUGUGGAUCUGAGUUCUGAGACUCGGCGUACGGCAGGGCCGGUACCGAUGCUGGAGCCAGUUGGUGCCCACAGGAGAGGCGGUUGGAUUAGAUAUUUUGCAGGUUGAUUUGAGCCUUCAUGUAAAAAGUACAUGAGGUGUCACUGUCUACAGGUUGGAAAUGCAAUCCUACAAUGAAGCUACACUGGGUAUUGACUGGACGUCCUGUGUUCUUCAGAAAAACACCAGGAUGAAAGGAAAGGAAAAUGGUUUAAACGCCCCAACAUGUCUACAGCCGGGUAUACAAAAACCAACAGCGGAGAAGCUUGUGCCGCAGGACCCUUUGAAAAGCAGACUGCCACUUCUCUCAAAAUCCAAGAACCCACCAGAUUUCCAAAAGCUGCAUCAGUCCUGGCAGGACCAGUUUCAGAAGGGUAAAGCGGUGAAAAAAAAAUCUUGCACUCGUCCCCAGCCUUUCAACUUUUCUCAGAGGAGAGAUCGGUCUCAAGUAACUACAGAUAUAGGACACUCUGGGAAUCCUCCAGAAAGUUACAGAAGAAGGGAUCCAUUAGCGGAGGUCACUGUUACUCAGAAAAAUCAAGAGUCCAAGGAUGCUGACGGCAAAGGUGGCUCUGAGGAGUUUAAAGCCGAUCCAGCAGCCUUGGACAGUAUUCUGUCUAAUGUUGGGGUACCAGUUGCUACUGGUAAAGUAAGCUUGGCUCAGAGGGUGCCCAUGAGAGUGUCAUCAAUUGCUCAAUCAACCAAUAGCUGCAAAAACAUGAUGGUUAGAAGUUCAAUGUAUGCUGUACUAAGAAGCCAGUCGGCAUCCUCCAAUUUAGACAGGAUGUCUUGUUUCUCCAAGAUGCAGACUAAAGCGACUGAUCAAAAACCAGUGUUUAAUCAAAAUCCGCUUUUGAAGAGCUGUGUCCCUGACAGUUGCUUGGAGGGAUUUGUAGCUUCCAACCUGGGUGAUAAGCUCCAGUCACAGGAGAAUCCAGUAUUACAGCAGAUGAAUCAAGCUUCCCACACACAAGUCUCCAGUGUGACUUCACUACCUCUCAAGAGUCAGGAGGUCACCACUGUGAAGUCCACUUCAGUGCCUCCAGUCACUGAAGAUGCAGAAGGCUCUGUAUUGCCAGAGGAGAAGUGUGAAAAGAAUACAUCAGAAGUGGAAUCUUCUGCAGGGAAAAGAGAUCCCAUGAAAAAUGCAGGAACUUCUGUAGAAUUUGUUGCAGAUCCACAGGCAUUAUCCAGCAUACUGUCUCACACGGGAGUGACCAUUGGGAAUUGUAGCAAACUGAGCUUGGCACGGAGGGUCCCUGUACAGGCUAAAAAUGUUUCGUCAAAAAGUGGCAUGACCUCCUCGGGUCCUGUCGCAAUGCAGGCUACUACACCAAAGCCUUGCUUUGGGCGCAUUUCUACCAUGGCAAUUCCAAUUAAAGAUAUAGCAUUCAGCCCUUGUCGAGUUCCUAAGACACUGCUGUCUGACAUGUCCCCUAGUGGAUCGGCUAAGAGAGUACAUCAGUUAAACUCUUCUGCCAUGAAGUCCUCCCAGCGAUACUUUUCCAUGUCAAAACAGACAUUCCUCUCAAAAACACCCCGUGCCUUGGCACUUGAGAUGGCAAAUAAGAAACUAGAGGCUAAGCUUUCAGAUACCCAGCCUUCAGGAAGGUCAACGGUGAAGUGGGCUGAUGAGCUAUCCCCUUCUGUGUCCGAGGCUCUCUGUGAAAAUGAGCUCAACAUAAAAGAGUAGCAGUCCGGUUGUUCUUGAUGGUGAAUGUCCAGAAGCAGACAAGAAAAAGGGGGAAGCUGAAGAAUCUGAACUCUUAAAGGGUCCUGAAAAGCUGACAACCAGUGUUCAAAGAGACCUGAGACCACACUGCCUGACAACUCUAAGAAUGCUGAUGUAGCUGCACCUGCUGGGGUGUCACAGGACUUACCAGUACAUACAAACGCGCACCUUCCUGCACCGUCAUCGCUCACUAAUACCGCUGACCCUCCUGUGCAGUAUCCCAGUAUUCUGUCUGGUAUGAAGACCUCUCUGCCACUCUCCUUUCUCUCCCAUCCAGCUGUACAAGCUCUGCAGUCUCGCACUUUGGGUCCUUACUCUUUGCCUGAAAUUGCACGAUUAAGAAUACAAGCUGCUGUGUCAGCAAAACAAAGGUUUUGGGAGACCUGUCUUGAUGAGGAAUGUGCUUUCUAUACAUCUCGAGAGACUGGCAGCUCUUAUAGGGACUGCAUUGAUCCUGUAUCCAGUUUCCUGGAGAGACAGGAAAAUCUGCACUUUACCCCUAUUCCUGGAGAACCCUGAUGGCUUGAAGUGAUCUUUUUAUCGGAGGUUUUUGUAUGUUUGCAUCCUGUUUGCCUGUACAUCGCUUCUCCACAGAGCAAGCAAUGGCGUCCCCUGCGGUCAUGUGCCAUAUUCAAACAUGC